AUGAAGGCUUUUCAGAUCAUUUGCAGACAGCUCAGAAGUUCAAAGAGGUUUUCUGUAGAACUUACAUCAUGUGUAGGUUUCUCUACUACUUAUUCAUGUGGCCGGAAGAAAAAAAUGAGCUCUUACAAAAAAGUGGACCAAGAGAAAUACUCAGAUUUAGUACAGUCUGUGCUGUCAUUCAGAAGCAAUUCUCAGACGCCAGAGUCACUGUUUGAGGAAGAUACUCUACUCUAUGGACCAUUGAGUAAGCAGAAGUCCCCACAGCAAGAUGAGGAAGCAAGGGCUCCACAAAGUUGGUUUCCUCUCUUCAAUCCAGAGAAAAGAGUAGAAUCAAAUUCAGCAAGCAACCCUUCAAUUCCUUUGAAAAUCCCUUUGCAAAGGAAUGUGAUACCAAGUGUGACCCGGGUCUUACAGCAGACCAUGACAGCAGAACAGACGUUCUAUUUGGAGAGGUGGAAACGGCGGAUGAUCCUAGAACUGGGAGAGGAUGGUUUUGCAGAAUAUACAUCAAACACAUUUUUACAUGGAAAACAGUUCCAUGAAGCUUUGGAAAGCAUACUUUCACAGGGCAAUUCAAAAGAGAGAGAUGAAAAUCUGCAGUCUGGCUACAUUGAAAGUGUCCAGCGUGUUCUGAAAGACAUCAGUGGUGUGCGAGUUCUUGAAAGUGCUGUUCGACAUGAAGCCUUGAAUUACGUGGGUCUGCUGGACUGCGUGGCAGAGUAUCAGGGCAGAUUGUGUGUGAUUGAUUGGAAGACAUCAGAAAAACAAAAGCCUCUGAUCCAAAAUACAUUUGACAACCCGCUGCAAGUUGUGGCGUAUAUUGGUGCUGUAAACCAUGAUGUCAACUACAGCUUUCAGGUUCAGAGUGGCUUAAUUGUGGUGGCCUACAAAGAUGGAUCCCCUGCCCACUCACACUUCAUGGACACACAACUCUGUUUCCAGUACUGGGCUAAGUGGCUUCAUCGACUGGAAAGAUACACAGAGAAGCAAAAGAGCCAGAAUAUUCAAAAGCCCAACUAG